AUGCUGCUGAUGGCGCGCCGCCGCCGCCGCCUGCAGCGCCUCAUGGCGCGCGCCGCCUCCAUCGAGCCGCGCGCCUCAUGCCGCUGGGUGCAGCGCUACGCGCGCGUCGCCGCCGCCUCCAUGGCCGCACAGGUGCUGCUCUGGAUGGCAGGCUGCGUCUGCAUCGGGCCGCACGCGCUGCUGCUGGACAUCUCGUACCCGGUGGACGGCCUGGUGGGGGGCCGCGCCAGGCAGCUGCUGCUGCUGCUGGACCAGGCGGCCGUCGCCUUCAACCACAUGUGCUCGGUGGCCGCCUUCAACAGCAUGUUCGUCCACUUCGUCGUCAUAGCCUGCCAGCACCUGCAGCGCUCCAUCGACGACCUGACAGCCGACACCUGCGACAUCGUCGCCGUGGUGCGCCACCACCAGCAGAUACUCAGGUACAUUAAAGAGCUAGAAGACGUGUACUAUAUUAUCAUGCUUUGGGUUUUCCUUCCAAUGAUGGCGGUCAUGUGUCUCAUCAUGUUUGCCUUACUAACCAUUACAUCAGUGGACAUUGAGUUCCUUGAGAUGCUGGCGUUCUUUCUCAUUUACUUCAUCACCAACGGAGUGAUAUCCAUAUGUGGCAGCAUGCUGACUUCCAAGGCGGAGCGCGUGGUGCUGGCGGCGUACAGCAGCGCGUGGCCGGAGCGCGGCCGGCGCUUCAGCGGGGCGGUGCGCGUCGUCAUGGUGCGCUUCCUGCAGCCCGCCAAGCUCACCGUCGCCAAGUUCGUGCCGCUCUCCAUCAACACCUUCUCCAAGUUGCUGCAGGAGUCGUUCUCCUACCUGAUGGUGAUGCUGAGCCUUGUCAACGAAAAGGACAACGAGACGCAGCCAGCGGCCAUCCUGGAACCUGCCUCUAACCACAGCGCCUACUACUAACUCUCACCUGCUUCACUGCUGCUCAGUUCAGGCUGCCGUUCAACUGCGUUUUAUUGUAACAUGACCUUCAAGAAGAGAAUUAUGCUUUCA